ACUCUGUUACUAACUGCUCUGUUACUGCUUCCAAGGCGCUCAAAAAUUGGACACCGUAAAAUCUGAGCCCGAUGAAAGAAUAUCUCCGAGGGAGAGCUUGACUGGACAGAUAAGAACCAGGCUACUUUGCUCCUGUGAACCUUAGAUAACACUGGGGUGGUGGGGAAAUCUUUGCCAUAUAAAGUGGCCCCGACGAGGGAUUCGUUUUAGUUAAGUUUGAGCAGCCAUCGCUUUGAGUCUUGUUUGAUGUCUUGCCGUUCUAGAAGACUGCCUGUACACUGAUCUAGGACGAAGAGUUGAGAAGUUCUACGCAAGGACAGACUUCCAGCAGACAGUGAACCCUCCUGAAAGCGAAACAGCAAACACCGGGCCAGAUCACGAUGAAGUACCUGGUUACGUUCCUCCCUCUCCUCGUCCUCAGCUCGGCCGGAGACGAAGACAAAGUGACGCUGGCUAACAACCGUUUCUGCUUCGAGCUACUGCAGUCCCUAGAAGGUUUUACCGAAACAAACAUCCUUUUUUCACCAUACAGCGUUUCCACAGCGAUGGGAAUGAUCUACGUCGGUGCGAGAGGCGAGACGCAACGCGAACUGUUUCAAGGAUUGGGCUACUCUGCAUCUGGGCUCACGCACGAGCAGGUAUUGAGCGCGUAUGGUCCACACACAUCGAGGCUGCAGUCUCCCCAUUCGAACGCGACCUUCAAAGUUGCCAAUGCCGUCGCCAUCGACGAAAGACUCGCCCUUGAGGAGUCUUACGAAAAUACGUUAACCACCUCUUUCAAGGCAGACCUUCACAAGGUCGAAUUUUUACACGGUCCACAAGCCACUCUGAACCUCAUAAACGACUGGGUCAAAGAGAAGACCGAUGGCAUGAUUAUGCGUCUCUUUGACGGCCAGCUGGAUCGCUCUUUACGCCUCAUGUUGCUCAACGCGAUCUACUUCAAGGGAUCCUGGAACCGGCCUUUCGACAAGACCCUUACCGAGAAAAGACAGUUUUUCAAAUUCGGCGGCGGACUUAGGACCGAAGUGGACACCAUGGUAGGGAGGUUUGAAGUUGGGUACCACAUGAGUGAUCAGCUACGGGUCGCGGUCGCCGACCUGCCGUACGUUGGACACGACUUCAGCAUGACCGUCCUGUUGCCCUUGGAAAAAUACGGAGUGGAGCAGCUCAGGAGGAACCUCACGCUUGACCUCUUUCAGAGCCUGGUUUCGGAACUGAGAGGACGCGAAGUCGACGUGUUCCUACCCAAGUUCAAACUGGACACGAAAUAUGUCAUAAACGAGCCCCUGAUUAGGCUGGGGAUCAGAAAGAUCUUUGGCGGCGGUACGGACCUUUCGGGCAUCAACGGCGACACGGACUUGGUGGUGAACGUGGUCUUGCAGAAGACGGUCGUGGAGGUCAACGAAGAGGGCAGCGAAGCGGCGGGUGCCACCGGAGCGGGCUUGAUGCCCCUCAGCGCCGCCGUGUCCCCGCCGCCCGCCUUCAGAGUCGAUCAUCCGUUCCUCUUCUUCAUCCGCAACACGCGUACCAAGGACAUUCUCUUCGCGGGACAGGUCAACAAGCUCUAAGCACAUCGGAUUACUUCCCAUAUAUGACGAUGCAAUUCUGAAGAUGUAUUCCUACUGAACAAUAAAAUACAUUUUGUUUUAGUUUGGUAAA